AGUUGUUAAUAUAAUUUUGAUUCUGUGGACAGGGUGCCACCAGGUCUUUAAAAGGCCUUAAAGGUCUUACAUUGAAAACUGCUGUCCUGAAGUCAUGAAUUAGUCAUGAUUUGAAUCCAUAACUUAAUUUCAACAUGAUCGUUUCUUCUGAUAGCUUUGAAGGGCAAAUAAAGUCAAUAUAUCAUUUUGUCAUUCAGGGUCAAUAUGGCAUUUUUGCAUUGUUAAAAAGAAUGAAAAUGUUUGAUAUUAUGUGGGUUUUUAAAAAAAGUUUUUGUGUCAGAAUUUUUUUUAGCCAGAACAAAUGUCUUGACUGGUCAUACCACCACAAUUUCUUGUCACAUUCCUACUGUAUUGUGAUAUUCAUUUGUCUCUGCUGAUUCACUCCCACAGUUUCAUGCUCCCUCCACGAGUUCUUCUGUGUGGUAGGGUACUUUCGCAUGAGACUUCGCAUCUUCAGCACUAAUGAACACCCACACCCACCCACAGACAGAAGGGCCCACUGCACAGAAAUUUCAACCAUCUCGUCUUUUUCACAUUUUCACAUAAAAAAAAUGAUGACAACAUAUGUAUUAUCGUCACUCUGAUGAAUAAUUAUGAAUAUUGUGUGUUAUGGACUCCCUAAUUAGCAGGUUAUAGCCUAUCCAGGUUUGGUGAUAUUUGCAAAUAACCGUAUAGGCUAUGUCUCUUGAACGAAAAUGCAUUCUAUUGUGUUCUUAACUUAAUUUGCAUCCAGAUAAUCAGCAGUUAUUUAAAAUAUGUAUGCAUGUAUCAAUCAGUCAAUCAUCAGUCGCAAAAUCAUCAUAAUUUUCAAAUAUGCCGCUCCGCGCAUCACCAGCCCAUCUGAUUCAAUGAUUGAGUUGUACAGCUGUGUUUGGAUCGGGCAGAGCGCACUUGCCUGUGUUGACACUGGACGGAUAUGCGGCGAUGCUCUUGCGUGUGAAAGCGGCUGCAGCGGUCUCUAAGCAGCUACGGACAGAUUUCGCAUCGGAUGAGAGAUUAGGAGGAGGAGGAGGAGGAGGGGAAAGAGCGACCAUCAAUCAGGAAAAAAAACCCGGUGUAUUUUGGUCCAUCGCGUCUACUCGUUGGCGGCGGCGGCGGCCCGUGGAUUCUCAGAGGAAGCCAGGGGCUGGAUUUCAAAUGUCGCAGGGAUGUGCUGAAAGCUUGAUGAUGACAAGAGGAAGAAGAGGAGAGACCUGGAGUGAGCCCUUCCUGGCCCAGUACAGGUUUUAAUUAGACCUCUGCAAAACCAGUUGAAGUCUGUGGUCAGGAGGUGAUGGCAGUGCUAACUGAGCUUCACCAUCGCUCCUACCUAUUCCUACAGAUGGACAUCCACUUCAUGCACGCCUGAGCCUGCACUCAACCCUGCCUCCUUCCCCUCCUUUCCUUCUGCCCAUCCUUACUCAUUUCCCACCUCUUCCUCCACCAAACUUAUCAAGCUACCACUCGCUGCCCCCCCCCCAUCUCUCCUCUUAAACCCUCCACCCAUACCCCCCACAUUGAAUUUCACUGUACUACACGAUCUUACUUUAUUAUGGCGUGCUGUGGGCGCUCUCUGGACUCUCCGUGCACACUAGCCUUGCUGGUGGGCUUCCAGUUUGCCUUUGUUCUCUAUUUCUCCCUUGGGGGCUUCAGAGGUCUGGUGUCUGUCCUGGUGCACACCACAGAGCCAGAGUUUGAUUACUCUCGGCCUCACGACGUCUAUACCAACCUUAGUCACCUGGGAGUACCGCCUCCCCCGCCUCGCAACUCUGGCACUGGACCCCCUGCCACGGGACCACCACUGAGAGACUGCCAGAUCCCCUCCCCACUGCUGGUCGGACCUGUGUCCGUCCAUCUUUCCUCUCCUCUGUCCCUGGAGGAGAUCAGACAGAGGAACCCGUUAGUGUUGCCAGGCGGACGCUACCGACCUCCAGACUGUGAACCUCGCCACCACACAGCAAUAGUGGUACCGUACCGGAACCGGCAAACCCACCUCCGUGCUCUCCUUUACCACCUCCACCCCUUCCUGCAAAGACAGCAGAUCCACUACAGCAUCUAUAUAGUACAGCAGUGGGGGAACGGUACUUUCAACCGAGCCAAGCUGCUAAAUGUUGGGGUACGGGAAGCCCUCAGAGAUGAAGACUGGAGCUGCAUCUUCCUGCAUGAUGUUGACCUGCUGCCUGAGAAUGACCACAAUACCUACACCUGCCACAAGCAGUUCCCCACACACCUGUCUGUGGCCAUGGACAAGUUCAGAUACAGGCUGCCGUACCCACAGUAUUUUGGUGGGGUGUCUGCAGUGACCCCAGACCAGUACAUGAAGAUGAACGGCUUCCCUAACCAAUACUGGGGCUGGGGUGGAGAGGAUGAUGACAUUGCAGCCAGAGUACGUCUGUCUGGCAUGAAGAUCAUGCGCCCUCCAGUGGCCAUUGGUCAUUACAAGAUGAUUAAGCAUAAAGGAGACAGAGGCAAUGCGCAAAACCCACGCAGAUUUGACCUUCUGAAAAGGACCAGACUCAACUGGCGCUCUGACGGCCUCAACUCUCUGACCUAUGAGCUCCUUUCCAAAGAGCUGGAGCCUCUCUACACCAACAUCACUGUCAACAUUGGUGAAGACCCCCAUCUGCCCCAGGGGAAAGCACCCAUCCUUUUGAAAACAACAACUCCUGUCCACCUACGUAGCAUCAGCAAGACCGAAGACACAGCAAAAGAGGAGAAGAGGCAAGAGGCUAAACGGGCUGUUGUGGCAAAUAUGACUGUGGCCAAGCCGGUUGGUGAAAAGACAGAACCUACCCAGUCAAAGGCAGCGAAUCAAACAACACAGGAGAAGACAGGUGUGAUGAAACAGGAUGAGGUGUAUAAUAAAAGGACUGCAUCGCAUCUGUAGCUAAAAGUGGCUUCCCCCUUCAUUUUGAUCUGGAGGACAAAAUGGAGGAAAGCAGUGUAGAUCUAUUCUGUUGUGGGACAUAAAGCGCACAAGCUUUUUGGGCUCAGUGCAGGUUAGGGAUAGUUGAACACAACUGCGUCGCCCUCUUGGUUUAUCAUCCACUGAAUGUGACUUUUAGGUCUAGCGACUGACCCGGGUCUGUGGUCACGACUAGAUUGGGGCCAAGAGAAGAACAGUGAAGGACUCAGUCAUAUCCAUGUAAAGGUCCAUAACGAAAUGAAAAUGAGACCGCAAAUAUAUAAAUCUCUGCUCUUUUCCAGACGUCGCAAGUUGUAAGUAUCCCACCUGCUGCCAGCAGACCUGCAGCUUCAUCCAGUAUGUUCCCCAUAAAAACUACUGCUGUCAGUCCAUCCCACUCCAUGGUGGGUUUGUGUUUCUGUGCCUUCUGUCUUUUAUGCGUAUUUUAUAGACCGGUAUAGUUGCUUUUAGACACUGACCUGGGGGUUCAUUUUCCCCCUUUCUGUCUCGUGGCAAAUAUUAGAAAGCAGGGAGGCUGAAGCUGAUCUUAGAUGAGAACAAAGGAUUUGUUCCAGGACUGCCGUUUUAUAUUUGUGUGCAUUGAACAAGCGCUGACCAACUCCGUAGUUAUCAGACAAUGCUAGAGUUUAUAUUUAUAUAGAGAGACUUCUUUAUUUGUUUACAGAUUUGUUUUACUCGUCCUUCCUUACAGUCUGGUGCCUCUCUCUCUCUCUCUCUCUCUCUCUCUCUCUCUCUGACAUUUAGUUUCUAGAGUUUCUAGACAAUCAAAUCAUAUGGAAAGAUUACUCUGUAUCCAACCACAUAACAAAAAUUUAGGAAAUAUUAUCAUGACUAUCUUUACACUUGUCACAUAAACAUAGACUUGGCAUGAUAGUUGUUGUCUAGUUUGACUAUACUCUUGAUACAUGGAUAGACCUGUGCUUCUAAUAUUAUCUGUGAUUUUAUUAUUUUUCUUUUAGAUUAGUCAGAUAUGGGGAGAUUGUGAACUUGCAGACAAUAUUGUAGGCACGUGACUAAACUUUUGACAGUUUCAGAUUGUAUUUUGAUAAUAAAAAGGUCAUAGUACGAUAAAGCACUGUGUAUAGAUCUAGGUCAGCUUUUACUAGGUCUAAGGCCUAAAGCUAAAAACUAAGGCCUCGCGUCUUCACAAAGGGUCUUUCAGUAUAUAAUGAAAGAACCCGGUGCAUUUAAAAGCUACAAAUGAGUCGGCCUCUCCUUGUCCUUCAUUCGCUAGGAUGAAGCUUUUGUGUAAAGGAAAGCAGACAAGUAAGAAGGAAACACAUGUAUUAUACAACAUCUAAUACUUGUAUUCUGAGGGCUGAUAAAUUAGGACAUGCAUGUACGUAAUUUGUGUUGACAGAUUAAUUAGCAUCUACAUAUAUGAUCUUGAAACCACUUCACCUCUCAGACAUAUUUUUCUCCCAUAUCAGCCAACGUAUUUCUUUGAGUUGUCAUCCUAGUUUACCUUUUGUCAAGGGAGAGUUCAUCAGUUGAGCUUAGUUUGUGAAUGAGGACUUGAAUUGCAUCUCUUGUAGGCCAUAGGAUUUCUUGCUGCUAUUUCACUAGGGGAAUGGUUCACUAUCAUUAAUUAGUUUGAAAAAUGACAUAUUGUAACGUAAAUCUUCUUUUGUGGAAUUGUGUUUUAUCACACUAACAUGUAAUGUAUUACUCAUUUGAAUGUAUUUAAUUUAUUAAUGCAUUUAUUGAAUCACUGAUAGAGCUAAAUGCACAGACUUAUGAAGUGUGUUUUGGGGACAGUUUGUUAUCCCUUUAUACUGUAUCUCCAUGUUUCUUAUGUUAACAUUGUGCCUCAUGAAAUAAGCCCAUAUUCCUGAAGGAGUGAAGGCAUACUGCUGGGUUAUAUAUGAGCGCCAUCAAGUGGCACAGUUUGGCAUAACACCCGCCAGGAGGAACCAAGGACUGAAUGAAACUCCAGUGUUGUGGCUUGAAUGUUAAUCAUUAAUGUUGGCCAUGCACAGGUGUCAGCCAAUCAAAUCUUUGCAUUGCUCUGCGUCGAGGGUCUCUCAUUUGCAUUUUAUCACAUGAUUGAUCCGGCCAGCUUAAAGGUGUAGAGCACACUCUGUAUUUCACUGGUUAAUAGAACCAGAAACUACAUGGUGAGUGUUAUGUGAAUGGAUAUAGUUUUACAGAGGUUAUCUAUCUUUAUUUAUGAUGGAAAUAUUGCCUGUUUUAAACAAAAUCUGCUGUUAUAACAGAUUGUCUUGACAGAAUACAGUGGAAGUUAAUAAGUCCUCAUUUCCUACCUUUAUACUACAUAAUUAUUUAGUUGCAUAUCAAUAAGUGAUAUAUCCUCCAUUUAUCAUAUUGCCUGGGACAAUGCCUGUAUGACAUGAAGCAGUGACACUGAAAGCUUUUAAGGACAUUAUGUAAUCUCAGCAGAUUAAUCAGCAAACUGUGUGCUUACCUGGAGAUUGUUCUAUAUUUAAUAAAUAGGCUAGUUUUUAUAAAGGAUGUUUUCGCAUACGUGUUGGAAAUAUAUACUGUCUAGUUGAAUGAAAAAUUCAGUAAUCAGGAUUGGGACUUUAUGGGAGGAGUUAGGGAGUUCAUUUGAUCGUGAGUUCAUUCUGUCAUUAUACUGACACGUUCGAGGAGUAGAAAUGUGAUUGCCAAGAACCACCUCACUGGAAAGAUGGGUUGUUUAUGUAUUCAUGGAAAAUGAUAAGUAGCUCAUACAUUUCAUCACUUACCAAUGAUAUUUGCAUCAUGCAGUGAUAUCUGUCGUCAUCUUAGGUUGCCUUAUUUACUGACCUUGUCUUGAAGAUGAAAAUUAGUGUGUGUGUGUGCGUGUGCGUGUGCUUGUGUAGAGAGAGCAAGGUCAUCAAAAAAGGCAACAAAAGUAGUGAACUAUGAUGGACAAUGUUGUGACAGAGCAAAUAUGUAUACCAAUAA